AUGACCUCUAAAUUACAGCCGCUGGAUCAGGGAGUAAUUCAAAACUUGAAAGUUUUUUAUCGUACCAGAAUAGUAAAAGAAGCACUAAAGCGUAUAGAGGCAAACGAAAAACAAGAUAUUACACUUACGGAUUGCAUCAAUCAUGUAACAAAAGCUUGGGAUAUUGACGUCAAAAAUCAAACCAUAGCGAAUUGCUUCAAAAAAGCUGGAUUUGGUCAAUACUCUGAAUGGGAAGAGGAAGAUGACAUAUGUACCUCUGAGUUUUUAAGUACUACUGAUGAAUAUCGAAAUGUAAUUGAAGCUGAUUACGAAGCAUGGUUAAAAGCAAACAAAAAAACUUGCAGUGCUACUCUUCAGGAUUAUAUUGCAGUAGAUAAUGACCUUUGCACAACUGGCUUUCCUACAGAUGCUGAUAUUGUUGAGAAUUACUGCCCUGAAUUAGAUGAUCCAAUAUUAAGCGGAACGGAGAGUGACGGCGAGGGAUCGAAGUAA